AUGUAUGUGGUUCCUCCGCCCCAGCGGACCGAUCCGGUUUCAGGAUCCACCGGGGGGUCCAGUGAUUUGCGGGUAUACCAGGCGUGGAAAGGCAGUAAUAAAUUUUUUCUUCAAGGGAGAUUCAUAUUUGGACCAGAUGUAAGAUCACUGGCACUGACAGUUUUCCUUAUAGUAGCUCCUGUCGCGGUUUUCUGCGUCUUUGUUGCAAGAAAACUGAUGGAUGACUUUUCUGAUCACUGGGGGAUAUCCAUAAUGGCCGUAGCUGUUUCAUUCACAGUUUAUGUUUUGGUUCUUCUCUUGUUAACAUCUGGUAGAGAUCCUGGUAUAAUUCCACGAAAUGCACAUCCUCCUGAGCCAGAAGGUUUUGAUGGUAAUCUAGAUGUUGGAUCUGGUCAAACCCCUCAAUUACGGUUGCCUCGCAUGAAGGAAGUUGAGGUCAAUGGUAUCGUUGUCAAAAUCAAGUAUUGUGAUACUUGCAUGCUCUACAGGCCUCCUCGGUGCUCACACUGCUCAAUCUGCAAUAACUGUGUAGAACGAUUUGAUCACCACUGCCCCUGGGUUGGGCAGUGUAUUGGGCUGCGUAACUACCGGUUCUUCUUCAUGUUUGUCUUCUCAACUACACUGCUUUGUAUAUAUGUUUUUGCAUUUUGCUGGGUCUAUAUUAGAAGAAUUAUGGAGGCAGAGGAGACAACAAUCUGGAAGGCAAUGAUCAAAACCCCGGCCUCCAUAGUGUUAAUAGUUUACACUUUCAUAUCUAUGUGGUUCGUUGGUGGCCUUACGGCCUUCCAUUUGUAUCUGAUAAGCACAAAUCAGACUACUUAUGAGAACUUCAGAUACAGAUAUGAUCGACGAGCCAACCCUUACAACAAGGGAGUGUUUAACAAUUUCGCAGAGAUAUUCUGCAGCACCAUACCCCCAUCAAAGAACGAUUUCAGGGCAAAGGUGAUGAGGGAACCAGUGCUUCCAACCCGGUCAGCAGGUGGAGGCUUUAUGAGCCCAAGUAUGGGAAAGGCCGUGCAUGACAUAGAAAUGGGGAGAAAAACAGUGUGGGGGGACAUAGGAGCUGGAAUGGAUCAUAGUGAAGGUCAGUUAAACAAUGAACGUGUGACUAUCAAAGAUGGUGACUUGAGUGACUUGCCUGCUGAAUUAAGAACCACAGCUGAUGAAGCAAGUGAUCGCAGUGGAGUACAUCCCCGGCGAUCGAGCUGGGGAAGAAAAAGUGGAAGCUGGGAAAUGUCACCUGAAGUUCUUGCCUUGGCAGCCAGAGUGGGGGAUUCCAACCGGGCGGGUGGAGGUAGUAGCAGCGCUCCAAAUGAGAACCAAAACCGCCGUACGUAGCAGUGGUUAAUGGACAUAAAAUAGCAUUUAAUUGGGCGGCGAUGAACAAGAAAACAAUGCAUGGAAUAUUGUUGUACUUUGUAUGUACAAUAUAAUGGGGGGGGGGGGUUGUGGGGAUUUGCUGGUGGAUUGUAAUUGUUGUGUUACACCUUGUGUUUUUAGAUAGAUACAAGUUGUGUUGUUUCCA